UGUUAUUCCGGUUCUGCUCAAUUCCAUUUGUAUUGGAUCAUGUAAUUCUUUUUAGGUUUUUCUGAAGUCAGUCUGCCCAUCCUUUCUUAAAACACUAUAGAAUUUCAUCCCAAACAUAUUCCACAACUUUUUCAGCUAUUCCCUAACUAAUGAGCACCCGAUCUCUAUUUCCAAUUCUUUGCUACCACAAAAGGAGCUAAUAUAAAUAAUUUUGUACAAAUAGUUCUUUAAAACCUUACAUUUAAGACUGUGCUUUGGGAGCCUCUGACUCCCUUUCUGUCCCCCAUUCCAGAUGCCUCCAGGAGGGCCCGGGGAGCCGGGCAAUCACUCAGAGGGCACCGAGUUCAUCCUGCUCGGUAUCACAGACUUUCGGGGCCUGCAGCUCCUGCUGUUUGCGGUCCUCCUGCCCACUUACCUGCUGACCCUGCUGGGCAACUUGCUCAUCGUGGCCCUCUCCUUGGUGGACCGCCGCCUGCAAACCCCCAUGUACUACCUCCUGAGGAAUUUCUCCCUGCUGGAGGUGGGGUUCACCUCAGACAUCACGCCCCAGGUUCUCAGCCAGCUCCUCACGGGCCACAAGGCCAUCUCCCUGGCCAGGUGCUUCCUGCAGAUGAGCCUUUACUUCAUCCUGGGCACGGUGGAGUUCUUCCUGCUGGCCGUAAUGUCUGUGGAUCGCUACCUGGCCAUCUGCCAUCCCCUGAGGUACCCAGCCCUCAUGACUGGCCGGGUCUGCCUGGGCCUGGUGCUGGGCUGCUGGGCUGGGGGCUUCCUCUUCCUCAUCGGGCCUUGCAUCUGGGUAACGUUCCUGCCCCUCUGUGGGCCAAAGGUUCUCGACCAUUUCUUCUGUGACAGCAGUCCGCUGUUGAGGCUGGUGUGCACGGAGCCCCGGCUCCUGCAGGUGCUCAGCUUCCUGAUAGCUGUGGGCUCCCUGGCCGGCGGCGUGGUGGUGACGGCUGCAUCCUAUUUCUGCAUCAUCCGGGCCUUGCUGCGGCUGCCCUCUGCCAAUGGCCGGCGCAAGGCCUUCUCCACUUGUUCCUCGCACAUCCUGGUGGUCUCCCUCAGCUACGGCAGCUGCAUCAUCAUGUACCUCCGGCCCACUCAGACCGGCAGGCUGGACCUCAACAAGGGGGUGGCCUUCUUCAACACCGUUGUGGCCCCCCUGCUGAACCCCUUUAUCUACUGCUUGAGGAACGAGCUGGUGCAGCGGGUCAGCAAGGAGGUGCUGGUCAAAGGAAGGCUGUCUGGGCCCCUCCGGCUGUGAGUGGGGCCCGGGAGCUCCUAGAGGGCUCAGCACCUGCAUGGGGGGAGCAGGAGACUGAGCCUGGGGACCCAAGCCCUGGUCUGGGGUUUGGGACUUACUCUUUGUAGCUUGGCAGGAGAUGUCUGAGGGACCUUCUGCCAUACACUCACUGGGACUCUGAGCACGGAACUUGUAAAGGAAGAGGAGGGGGGCAGGGAGAGAAAGAGAGCCAGAGCCAAGAAGGGAGAGGAGAGUGAAGAAGUCGGGAGGACAGGGAGAGAUCACAGAACACAGAAAGGGGAAGAAAACAGGAGGGAAAUAUAGAGCAAAGUGAGCAAGAAGAAGAAACAUGGAUAAAGAACUGGCGCAGGGAGCUCAGGGAUGGAAGGAGGGAGCAUAAAAGAAGAGACAAAGGACACGGAAGGGAGGGAAUGGGAAGAGUGGGAGAGGGGAAGAAGA